AUGGCUCUUGCUUUCUUCGGUCUCUCGAUCUUCCUCUUCCUCAAUCUUGAUCUUGAUGGCGCUUCCUUCUCCUCUGCCUCCGCUUCCUCCUCCGCCUCCUCUGAUUCCGCCUCCGAGAUUACUUAUGGGAGUGUUAUUAAGCUGAUGCACGAGAAAACGAAGUUUAGGCUACAUUCACAUGAUGUGCCAUAUGGGUCUGGAAGUGGGCAGCAAUCUGUUACUGGGUUUCCUAGUGUUGAUGAUGCUAAUAGCUAUUGGAUUGUUCGGCCUCAACUAGUGACAAGUGCUAAACAAGGUGACACCAUUAAGAGUGGGACAAUUAUCCGUUUGCAGCACAUGAGGACUAGAAAGUGGCUGCACAGUCAUUUGCAUGCAUCUCCAAUCUCCGGCAACCUAGAGAUUAGUUGCUUUGGGGGAGAGAAUGAAUCUGAUACUGGAGAUUACUGGAGGCUUAUAAUUGAAGGGAGUGGAAAGACAUGGAAGCAAAAUCAAAGGAUCCGGCUUCAACAUGUGGACACCAAUGGCUACUUGCAUAGUCAUGACAAGAAAUACCAACGAAUUGCUGGGGGACAGCAGGAGGUGUGUGGGGUCCGAGAAAAACGUGCUGACAAUGUUUGGCUGGCAGCAGAAGGUGUAUACCUCCCGGUUACCGGAAGCAAGUAA